UAACCACCGCGUGAUGGCGCAUGGAGUGCGCGUGGUGGGCGUGGUGCGCGACGCUGGCCCUGGCAGUGCUGGCGGCCGCCGGCCCGCGGUACAGCUCGCGCAUCGUGCACACGCAUGCCGGAGCGAUCAGAGGCAUCAUAGUGGAGCCCGCGUCCCGCCGUCUGGAGCCCGUGGAGGUGUUCCGCGGGGUCCCGUACGCGGGGGCCCCGAGCCGGCUGGGCCCGCCGCCGCCGCCGCGCGCCUGGCCCGGAACCCGCCUGGCGGACACCUUCGCGCCUGUGUGCCCGCAGACCUACCCCGAUAUAACGAACAAGAGUGCAGCGCUGUUGAGGAUGCCGCUGGGAGUGUACAACGAGCUGCGGGCCAGCGUCCCCCUGCUCGCCAACCAGAGCGAAGAUUGCCUGUUCCUCAAUAUUUAUGUUCCCGGUAGCGGCGCGCGUGGCGUAGAAGCGCCAUACGCAGUGGUGGUGUGGGCGGGCGCGUCGCACGCGUGGGGCUCGGGCAACGCGCUCGACGGCGCCGUGCUGGCCGCGCGCGCGCACCUGCUAGUCAUCACCCUCAACUAUAGGAUAGGCUUACUGGGUUUUUUAACAAGUGGUGGGGACGACGAGGCGACGGCUGCAGGCGGUGCGGCGGUGCUUGACGUAGUGGCCGCGUUGUCAUGGAUACGGACCAACAUCGCCGCCUUCGGGGGAGACCCCAAGAGGGUCACGCUCGUGGGCCAUGCCGCUGGCGCCGCGCUGGUCAACACUGUGGUCAUGUUGCCAACUAUCAAAGGUUUAGUAUCCCGCGUGUUAUUGCUAAGUGGGUCGGCACUGAGCCCGUCUGCGCUCGCGCCGGACGCGGCGUUAGCUCGUGACCACACAGCGCAGGCUCUGCGGUGCUCUAGGGAUAAGACUGAUGAUGAUCAUUGGCUAACAGCAUGCAUCAAGAGCCGGCCGCUAUCCGCUCUCCUCGCAGUAGAAGCCCCCACGGCUCGCUUCCUCGCCGGCUGGGCCCCCACGGUCCCCACGAGCAAGGACAUCCCCAACCAAACAGCCACUAGGGCUCUACAUGCUAGUGACACGUUCCUGGCCUGUGCCCUGGCGGUGGUGGUUACAACUACAGAGAGCUACCAGUACUUCAGUGAAGAUGAUAUACGACAUGGCUUUGAAGAAGAUUAUAGGAACCGCAUCCUGCGCACGUUCGUCCGCAACGUGUACCGCUACCACCGCAACGAGAUCUUCGCGGCCGUGCGCAACGAGUACACGGACUGGGAGAAGCCGAUCCAGCACCCGAUCAACAUCCGCGACGCCACGCUGGAGGCGCUGAGCGACGCCGCGGCCGCCGCGCCCGCGCUGCGCCUGGUGCAGCUGCACGCGCGCCGCGGCGCCCGCACGCACUUCGCGCACCUCGCGCACCAGAGCCGCGACGCCGACUGGCCGCAGCGGUUGGGCAGCGUUACUAGCGAUACGUUGCCCUACUUUCUAGGUCUGCCCCUAGUCGGAGGUUCAUCAUUUGCCCCAAAAAACUAUUCCCGGGGAGAUAUAGCGGUUGCAGAGUCCACUGUGGCGCUUCUAGCUGCGUUCGCCAAAACUGGUGACCUCUCGCCGAAGGUUGAAGACCACCAUCACGAGGCCAGCGUUAAUUGGCCAAGAUAUGAACUGAAUACGCAACAGUAUUUGAGUAUAGGCACGAAGGUCCGCGUGAAAAGCCACUACCGCGGACACAAGAUGUCGGUGUGGCUGCAGCUCGUGCCGCAGCUGCACCGCGCCGGCGCGCCGCUCGCGCACCACCAGUUUCGAUCCACGCACCCGGAUAUGUUUGCUGGUGACAUAUUCCCCGAGAUGUACACGACGGCUUCCACCGUGGACGACGAAGACAGCAGCGAGGAGGAGGAAGACAGCGAGUCGGAGGAGUGCUCCCCCUCCCCCUCCGCGCGGCCCGCGCUCGCCGCCCUCCCCCCGCCGAGACCCUCGCCCAAGGAGGACUCGCUCACUCUGGACACACAGUACUAUAGCUACACAGUAGCGCUGGGUGUGACCGUGGGAGCUGGUUGCUUCCUGCUGGCCCUCAACCUGCUGGUCUUCGCGGGAAUCUACCUGCAGCGCGGGAAGCGGCGCGCCAAUCGGAGGCCCAGACGAGACGGGAGCAGUUCAAGCCGGUCGGGUGUGAGCGCAGCGAGUGGGGACACCGUCACCUCGCCGCGCAAGAGCACUCUUAAGCGCAGCAGCGAGUUAGAAUUAAAGGAGAGAGCGAGCAGCGCCGCGCCUCCAAAAAAGCGCGUCCAAAUACAGGAGAUCUCAGUGUAGACGAGUUUUAAAGUAUUUGAAGACAUUUGAAAUGCGUCGAGUUAUAAAUACGUGAACAAUUAAGUGAAUGAAGAAGUAUAUACUAUUGGAAGUUGUAGUGAUUUUGUGUUAUAAAGUAUGGUGUAAAAACUGAAUUGUGUCAAAACAAAUGUUCAUUGUGAGUGCUGAAAUGUAAAAAUGCUUUUGUAUCGUGACUUAUUGAACAUUGUGGUGGAUUUUAAAAUAAAAUGACAUUUUGUGUGAA